AUGACCAAUCUGGAGGGCGUUCGAAAUACGGAGCCCGAGGCGGCGGCGGCGGCGGCGACGACCACCGCCGCCACUACGCCCGGCGGCGGCGACCACGAAGACCACGAAGACCCGCGACCGCGCGGCGGCGGCCGCUGGAAGCGAUGGACUCCACAGACCUGCGAGCCUACUCUUUCACGCUUACUCGAGACUCCUUCGCUCGGCGACCGCCAGACCAGAGCCGAGAGACGCGCAGCAGGCGGCGGUGACAAACUUGCGGCCGUGAGAGAGGUCUGGGACAAGUGGGUCGAGAGGCUGCCGCUCCUCUACAACCCCGGGCCCGACGUGACGGUGGACGAGCAACUGGUCCCUUUCAGAGGCCGAUGUCCUUUCCGCCAGUAUAUCCCAAGCAAGCCGGCCAAAUACGGCAUCAAGACAUGGGUGGCCUGCGACUCCAAAUCCAGCUAUGCCUGGAAGAUGCAGGUCUACACCGGCAAGGCCACAUGCGGAGGCCCCGAGAAGAACCAGGGGAUGAGGGUCGUGCUCGAUUUGACGCAGGGACUCAGGGGUCACAACGUCACCUGCGACAAUUUCUUCACCUCAUACGAGCUCGCGCGCCAGCUCCUGACCAGGAACGUCACCGUGGUCGGCACAGUCAGAAAGAACAAGCCAGAGCUCCCGCAGGCGCUGCUCGCCUCAAAGGACAGGCUCCUCUUCUCCUCCAAGUUCGCCUUCACGUCCACCACCGCUCUAGUGUCCUACCUGGCAAAGAAAAACAAGAACGUCUUACUCCUGAGCACGCUGCACACCGAGGCUCACGUUAGCCGUCGCCAGGACAAGAAGCCGGCCAUCGUCCUAGACUACAACAGCAACAAGGGAGGUGUGGACAACCUAGACAAGGUGAUUGGAACCUACAGCUGCAGGAGGAUGACCGCGCGCUGGCCCCUGGUCAUCUUCCACAACAUCCUUGACGUGUCCUCUUACAACGCUUUUGUCAUAUGGCGAGAGCUCAACCCCACUUGGAUGCCUGGCAAGCGAAACAAGAGGAGGGUGUUCCUCGAGCAGCUGGGAAAGGCACUAGUGACUCCCGUUCAUACAAAGAAGGGCCCGUCUCCCUCGCACGAAGCCUCUGCGGCGCUCGUCAAAGCUGUUCAGAGGGCUACGUAUCGUGAUCAGCCCCGGCGGGAUCACGCCCCCGCAGCACCGGACCACGCAGCACCACCGGCCCAAGCACCCAACCCCGCACAACCCAGUAAGAGGAAGAGGUGUCAGACACCAGGAGUCAGGAGGAGGACACCCCCUCCCCAGUACGGGUCAAACACCAGACAUGUGGACAGGGACAAUGUUUACAAAGAAGCGGUUGACGACUACUUCGACGUUGACGAUGACGAUGUUGAAGAUAUGGUUCGAGCCGAGGAGGAUGCUAAAAAACAUCAGCAGAUAGAUCUCAUGCUUAAGUGGUCGAUAUUGAACAGAACGUGGCACUCCUUUCUAGAAUGGCUAGGUGAGCGCUGGUGGGGCUCAGUCUCUGCAGAUCAGAUUAGCUCCUUCAUGGGCGGACCUAAGAUUCGCUUUGGAGAUAUUGUUAUUGCGGCACACUUUGGUGACAUGCCCGGAGGAGUAUGUUCGGUUCGGCGAAGACUCAGAACGAAGUACUGA